AUGACGACGACGAGGACGACCUGGAGGCGUUUUCAGACGCCGGGCUGUGAGGACGGAGUGUUGGGCUUCAGCGACCCUCUGAACGGAGAGGUCAAACCUCGCAUCCUGCUGAUGGGCCUGAGGAGGAGUGGGAAGUCCUCCAUCCAGAAGGUGGUUUUCCAUAAGAUGUCGCCCAACGAGACCCUGUUCCUGGAGAGCACCAACAAGAUCUGCAGAGAGGACGUGUCCAGCAGCUCCUUCGUCAGCUUCCAGAUCUGGGACUUCCCCGGCCAGAUCGACUUCUUCGACCCCACCUUCGACUACGAGAUGAUCUUCAGGGGCACCGGAGCGCUGAUCUUCGUCAUCGACUCUCAGAGUCAUCAGUAUCUGGUUCUGAAGAGUCUCCAGUCUUUUCAUCAGGAUCUGGAGGUCUAUCUGGAUCUGCGUUCCUGGCUGGUUCUGGUCCUCCACAAUCAUCUCCAUCAGCUUCUAUUUCCAUCGGUUCAGUUUGUCUUUGAUGAAGCUGAGAGGACUGAGCUUCCUCUUCAGCUUCACUCUUCACAUGAGUUAAUGAGAACUUGAGACCAGCCUCCUCCAGCCCUUGAAGCUGCUCUCCCUCCUGACUGGUCCAGAGUUCCUCAUGUACCUCAUUAAUGUGGGGUGGCACUGAGUUCUCUU